AUGGCCAUAGCGGGGCGCUUCGGUCCUUCUUUAUACACUGAAGCGGGGCAUCUUCUCCCCCACUUCACCCAAAAAAAACACACACAUAAGGUGCGAUCUCACACACUAGAGCCGGAUUUCGAGUUUUUCGAGCUUUCAACCGCUAAAAGAAUGAAGAACCAAAAUAAAUUGGCAAACACCUUGUAUGGCUACUUUCUUGGUGAUCGGGUUGCUUUUCCUGUCGUGGAUUAUUUUGUGCGUAAUAAUUGGAAGAAGUUUGGGGUUCAAAAGGCUAUGAUGAAUGAUAAUGGAUUUUUUUUCUUCAAGUUCGCCGAUGAAACAGGUAUGAUGAAUGUCUUAAACAACGGCCCUUGGAAUAUUAGAUCACAACCUCUUUUUCUAAAUAUCUGGAGUCCGACUACUAAAUUGGAGAAAAAGGGUGUUAAGAAUGUGCAAGUAUGGGUGAAAAUUCAUGAUGUCCCGAUUGCGGCUUAUACGGAAGACGGCCUUAGUAUGAUUGCUACUACUAUUGGUGUGCCGAAGGCUUUGGAUUCGUAUACCUCAUCGAUGUGCAUGGAUAUGUGGGGCCGCAGCAGUUAUGCUAGAGCCUUAAUAGAGAUCUCGGCUGAAAAGAAAUUAAGAGAGGAGGUCACGUUAGCUGUUCCUGAACUUGAUGGGGAGGGUUUCAUUAAGGAGACUAUGUCUGUCGAAUUCGAGUGGGUUCCUUUGCGGUGUAGUCAUUGUUGUGUUUUUGGCCAUUCGGACGAUUCUUGCCCGCAACACCCGAAGGUUCAACCUGCUACUCGUAAUAACUCGAAGGCUGGUAAGAAGCCAGUGGUCGAUGAAGAUGGUUAUAUAGGUGUCUAUGGUAAGAAAGUUGCUAGAAAAUCUGCUUUUCCUAUUAACAAGCCCAAGCCUAAGUUCGAGUAUAGGCCAAUGACUUCUAAGAAGUCUCAAGACGGAGCUAGUGGGUCGGCUGCGUCUACGUCCAGGUUUCAAUCCACAAACCCGUUUGAUGCUCUUAAUGAUCCACAUGUUUCUGAGGUGGAUGGGAACAAGUCUGGUGAGGGACGCGGUGGAGAUGGGGAAGGAGAGGUGGAGGAGGUGUUCAAUGAAGCUGAUGGUUAUGAGAUGGAUGCAUUUCUUAAUCAGGGUAUUGUGAAAAAAGAUGCUAAAAAAGGGGCAAGCACUCCUUCCUCGAUAUCUCAUGUUGAGCUGAAUAAUCUUCCUCAUAUUUGUAAGUCGGUUUUUCGGUCUUGGCAAUGGGCUUCUAAUGGUGAUAGUUGUGAUAAAGGAACUCGGAUUAUUGUGGGUUGGAACCCUGUUAUCUUUGAUGUUAUGGUCCUUUCUCUUUCGGAUCAGGUUAUGCAUUUCCAACUGAAUUUUAAACAGGAGAAGAUAAUGGUAUUUUGCUCGAUUAUUUAUGCCGCGAAUUAUUAUGUUACGCGUAGGGAGUUAUGGAAGCAUCUCUCUUUUCAUAAGGCGUUUGUUCGUGAUGCUCCUUGGAUCAUGCUUGGAGAUUUUAACUCGGCUCUUAACUUGGAAGAUAAAUCUAUGGGGUGUUCCUCGAUCUCGGCUAGCAUGCGGGAAUUUCAAGCUUGUGUUGAUGAUGUUGAGAUGAUUGAUUUAAAUCGCUCGGGUAUUCAUUUUACUUGGAGUCAGAAGCCGAAAAAGGGUAUUGGUUUGUUGAAAAAAAUUGAUAGGGUUAUGGGGAAUUCGCAGUUUAUAGCUCAAUUUCCUAAUACGGUGGCAAUGUUUUACCCGGCUCGUUUGUCGGACCAUUGUCCGUGUGUUCUGAAGGUUCCAGAAGAGGGGAAAGUUAAAAAUAGAUCUUUCAAGUUUGCCAAUUUUCUUGUUCAUAAGCCAGAUUUUCUUGUCAUUGUGAAGCGAACUUGGGAUACGAGUAUUAGAGGGGUGCCGCAAUUUUCGGUGGUUAAGAAGCUUCGGUUGCUCAAAUCUCCGCUUAGGGUUCUUCUUUUUCAGCAAGGAAACCUGCAUAAGAAAGUUCAUGAUCUGAGAGCUAAGCUUGAUGAGAUUCAGCACAACGUUGAUAUUGAUCCUUCUUCUUUGUCGUUGCGAGAGGAAGAAGCUGGUGCCCGUCGUCUUUAUCUAGAAGCCCUUCUAGACGAAGAGAGAUUUUUGAAACAAAAGUCCAAAGUUGACUGGUUGGCGGCCGGGGAUUCAAAUUCGGCUUUCUUUCAUUCGGUUCUUAAAAAUAAGAUUCAUUAUAAUCAUAUUGAUGUUAUUCAGGAUACUAGCGGGGUGUUGCAUGAAGGUGUUUCGGUUCAGGAAGCUUUCGUUACGCACUAUCAAAAUUUUUUGGGCUGCUCGGGAGACACGUCUCUGUGUCCGUCCCCUGAUCUAUUUUCGAAAACCUUGGAUAAUGAUGUUGCGGCUCAUAUGACUAGACCGGUUACAGUUGAAGAGGUCAAGCAGGCUAUGUUUUCCAUAGGUUCUGACAAAGCUCCAGGGCCCGAUGGUUUUACUGCUGGUUUUUUUAAAGGGGCAUGGCAUAUUGUGGGUAAUGAUGUGACGGAGGCUAUUAUCGAUUUUUUUAGAUCGGGGAAACUUCUUCGGGAAUUAAACCAUACUCUUAUUGUGCUUCUUCCUAAGUCCCCUUCUCCGGUUAUGGUGACGGACUAUCGUCCAAUUGCUUGUUGCAAUGUGUUGUAUAAAUGCAUUAGCAAGAUAGUGGCCGAUCGUAUUAAAGCAAGUUUGAACGAUAUUGUUAGUAUUAACCAGUCAGCGUUUGUUCCAGGAAGAAAAAUAUCUGAUAACAUUUUGUUAACGCAAGAACUGAUGCAUAAUUAUCAUCGUAAUAUCGGGCCUCCUAAAUGUGCAUUUAAAGUUGAUAUUCAGAAGGCGUAUGACACGGUUGAUUGGAAGUUUCUCAACGAUGUUUUGAUUGGGUUCGGUUUUCACCAAAAGAUGGUUCGUUGGAUCAUGCUUUGUGUCUCCACUACGACGUAUUCGGUUUGUAUUAAUGGGGAAGUUCAUGGUUAUUUUAAGGGUAAUCACGGUCUUCGUCAAGGUGAUCCGGUCUCUCCUUAUUUGUUCACGUUGGUGAUGGAAGUGCUCACGGCGAUCCUUCAACAUUCGGUAAGGAUUGACUCUUCAUUUAAAUUCCAUAAUAAGUGUGAGCGUCAGCAUAUUAUCAAUCUUUGUUUCGCGGACGAUUUGUUUAUAUUCGCGAAAGGUGAAAUUGCUUCAGCCAGAUGUAUUAUGAAAUCCCUUGAUUCGUUUUCGAAAAUGUCUGGUUUGUCUCCUAAUGUGCAGAAAAGUACAAUGUUCUUCUCGAACGUGCCUUCUUAUGUGAAAAAUGCAAUUUUGAAUAUUAUGCCGUUUAAGGAGGGUGCUUUACCUGUGAAGUAUCUUGGGGUGCCUCUUAUCUCUUCUAGGUUGCUCCAUAAGGAUUGUUGUGUGCUGAUGGAGAAACUGGAAAAGCGGAUUUUGCAUUGGAGGAAUAAACUACUCUCAUUUGCAGGCAGGGUGCAACUGAUUAUUUCUGUGCUGUCUUCUAUGCAUAUAUACUGGUCUUCUGUUUUCAUUUUACCGUCUCGGGUUAUUCUUCAAUUAGAGGCAUUGAUGCGGAAUUUUUUAUGGUCUCAAGACAGUGCGUUUCAAAAAGGGCGGGCUAAAGUGUCGUGGAAUUCGAGUAUUCUUACGAAUCGUAAAUCUUUGUGGGUUGAUUGGGUCCACUCUUAUAGGCUUAAAGGUAAGAGUUUUUGGGAGUGUAGAGUCCCUUCUUCGUGUUGCUGGUCUUGGAGAAAGCUGCUUCACCUUCGGCCGAUUAUUAGGAAGUUUAUAUGGACCGAGAUUGGCAAUGGGUCGACUACUUCUGCUUGGUUUGAUUCGUGGUGUAAGUUAGGGCCUUUAAAUGCUUUUAUUUCGCCUAGAAUCAUUGCUAACGCGGGGUUUGAUAUGGGCUCUAAAGUGUCGGAUAUUUAUUCCUCUAAUUCAUGGAAUUGGCCGAAUGAUUGGAGGGUCUCGUUUCCGGUUCUUAAUCAACUUGAUCAGCUGAUUUUGGUGCCGAAUAAACCGGACAAGCUUAGGUGGCGGCAUGGUGACAAAUUGUUUGAAUUUUCUUCUUCGCGUGCUUGGGAGUCGAUUCGUAUUCAGGCUGGGGAGGUUGAUUGGAGCCGUAUUGUCUGGUUCCCUCAAUGCAUCCCCCGUCAUGCAUUUUUAAUGUGGCUUAUCAUGAGGCAGAAAUUGUUAACUCAGGAUAGAAUCUUGUCAUGGGAUUUUUCGCGUAGGAAGAAUAUGAAUAUGAUGUGCUGUUUGCUUUGUUAUGCCAACCACGACUCGCAUAGCCACCUUUUCUUUGAAUGCAAAUACUCAUCUCAGAUGUGGCAUAAAGUUAGGCAGAAAGUUGGUAUGGUCGCGGUUCAACCUAUAUGGAACGACAUUACUAACUGGUUGAUUGAGCAUUCUAAACCGAAUACGGCUGUUGGGUUCGUUGCUAGAUUGGUUGUGGCGGCUUCUGCUUAUUUUAUUUGGCAGGAGCGUAAUUCGAGGUUAUUCAAGAACCAAUUGCGGCCUCCGGAGACUUUAAGUGAAAUUGUUAUUCAACAGGUUCGGUACAAGUUGAUGGGAGCGAAGCUGAAGAAUUGUGUUAAUGUCCGAAGGCUUCUUGAGGAAUGGGGUAUUGAGGGCUCAGGUGUUUUGGCGAUGGCAGCUGGGAUGGAUUCCUCCGAUGACGAGAUUGAGCAUAUGGAGGCUGAGGGAGAGGUGGGGGACGAGGGAGAGCCGGCAUGUCCGUACCUGCAGUUUCCGCAGGGGUCACGGGCGAGGGGGAGAUGCGCUAGGUUGCGCACCAUAGAGAUUGGGGGGAUAGACUGGGAGCUGCUGACUACCUUGGGAGAGGUCGAGCGGGCGUGUGAUAUAGUUGGACUAGAUACUCCUUGGUCGCGCCUAUUUGAGUUAGCGAUGGAGGACUCGUACCCUGAGCUUACGGUCGAGUUUCUUUCUACGUUUACAUACGCGCCGCAUCCGGCGGAUUACGUGGAGGACCCGGAUUUUCCAGUCCACGAGGUUACAUUCCGUCUCGCCGGUCAGGAGUUUCAGAUGAGUGUGCGGGAGUUUGCUGUCGUUACAGGCGGUUACGAUUGUGGACAGGCAGACGCUUAUCAGUUUCUGGAGGGCCAUUUCCAGGGCUCCCUUUGGGAAAUCCUGGCAAAAGGCCACCACCAUUAG